AUGGCUAAUCUCCAUAGAAUUGAGUUCACCCGAUUAUUUGUCGUUUGUAUUAGUGCAUCGUCUUCUUUCAUUCAUGGGGUCGAUGCAGAAGCAAUUAACUUUCACUUCCCUCCCAGGGCCAAUAUCAAUAUCGAUCAGGAUGCUUUCUUUGGAAAGGAUAGGAUAGAGCUUACUGCCAAUCAUUUAAAUGGCAGAAUUAAAAGGGGCCAUGGAUGGGCAACUUAUAAUAAGUUGAUUCCAGUGUGGGAUAAUUCUUCUAAAGCUUUGGCGAAUUUAUCAAUAUUACAUGCUUUGGCGAAUUUUUCUACCCAUUUUCAAUUUGCCAUCUCUAAGGUCAAUAACAGUAAGCUCACUGGGGAUGGGCUCACUUUCUUCCUUGCGCCAUCAGGACUGCAAUCAUCGGACAACUCUUCUGGAGAAUGGCUUGGUCUUUAUGAAGCUGCAACUGAUGGAAACUCGUCGAAUCAGAUUGUUGCUGUGGAGUUCGACACAUAUAAGAAUCUUCCUUACGAUCCGGAUGAUAACCAUGUGGGAAUUGAUGUCAACAGCAGGAAAUCAAAGAAAACCGUUUCAGUAAAUGGCCUGUACAACAACACGUCUUUCAAGAACGGAAAAAAGUGGGAGGCAUGGGUGGAUUACGAUGGCAUUGAGAAGAAGCUCAAAGUGUUUCUUUCAUUUAACCCCGAUCGCAGAGAUGCUUCUAAACCUAGAACUCCAUUCUUGUGGUACGAUAUAGAUCUGCGUCAGUUUCUUCCCCAGAACGUGCAGGAGAUUUCAAUACCAGGCGUCAAUGCUUCUGGUCGAAGUCCAAAAAAUAAAAGGAAAUCUUUUGAAAAGAUUAUAUGCACAUCCGGUGUGGCCUGCUUCUUAGUCAUAUGCUGUUUUAUUAGGGCAAGAAAAAGCAAGCGCAGGGAUGUUGGGAAGGACGGCGGGGAGAGCGAUGAGGAAUUCAACAACGCGCUUCGAGAGACAGCCCGAUCUGCUCGUGAGUUUCCAUAUGCUGAGCUCAGCGCCGCCACCGACAACUUCAACGACGACCAAAAGAUCGGUGUCGGCGGAUUCGGAUGUGUGUACAGAGGUACUUUGGCUGGCACAAACGAAGCUGUGGCAAUAAAAAGAAUAUCUCCAUCCUCCAAGCAAGGGAAACGUGAGUACGAGACAGAGGUCAGUAUAAACAGUAAGCUUACUCAUCAUAAUCUCGUGAAGUUUCUGGGAUGGUGCCAUCGAAAGGGAGAUUUGCUUCUUGUUUACGAGUUACUCCCAAACGGGAGUCUGGACAAAUAUAUUUUUGAAAACCCAGAAACUCCACUGGAAUGGGGUCGAAGAUAUAGCACAGCAUGUGAUAUAGCCUCCGGUCUGGUUUAUCUUCACGAGGAUCGGCAAGAGAGCGUUGUGCAUAGAGAUAUUAAAGCCAUUAAUGUGAUGCUGGAUUCGAAAUUCAAAGCGAAGCUGGGUGAUUUCGGCCUUGCCAGAAUGGUGGAACGUGGAAAAGGAGGGCAUACGACCACGGCAGCGGGUACAAUUGGGUACAUAGCACCGGAGUUCGUAGCAACGGGAAAAGCCACCCGAGAGAUGGACGUGUUCAGCUUUGGAGCCCUGAGUCUUGAAAUUGCCUGUGGAAGACGACCAGCAGACUGGAGCUUGAUUGAUCACAGUUCCAGAGUGGUGGAAUGGGUUUGGCACUUGCAUGGAGAGAACAGAAUUCUUGAUGCAGCAGAUAAGAAGCUGGGUGAAAAUUUCAAUGGUGAGGAAAUGGAAAGGCUUAUGAAAGUCGGAUUGCUGUGUUGUCAUCCGGAUCCCAAUUCUAGACCGAGUAUGGAAAAAGUAGUGGGUAUACUGAAAAGAGGAGAGGAGUUGCUACAUGUUCCUCUAACGUUUCCUGUGGCUGUGUAUGGUGACCGUGUUCCUCCUGAUACCACGUUCUCAUCAUCACUCUCGACCUCCAAUGGAAUUGGUAGCAGGAGAAUCUCAGCUCCGUCCGAAUGA